AUGGAGCGGGCCCGCGGCCCCAGGGGCGCGCGCCGGGCGCUGGGCCGCCUGCUGGAGGCGGUGCUGGCGGACCGCGCGGAGGCCAACGCCGUGUUCGACAUCCUGGCGGUGCUGCAGGCGGAGGACCCGGAGGAGAUCCAGGAUGCGGUGCGCGCGUGCAGCCGCCUGUUCGGGGCCUUGCUGGAGCGGGGGGAGCUGUUUGUGGGCCAGCUGCCCCCAGAGGAGACUGUCAUGGCAGGGUCGCAGGGGGCCAACCGGAAGUACAAGGUGUGGAUGCGGCAUCGCUACCAGAGCUGCUGCAACCGCCUGGCGGAGCUCCUGGCCCAUCCCUCCUUCCAGGUCAAGGAGCUGGCCCUCGGCACCCUCAUGAAGUUUGUUCAGCUGGAAGGAGCGCACCCCCUGGAGAAGCCCAAGUGGGAGGGCAGCUACCUGUUUCCCCGCCAGCUCUUCAAGGCGGUGGUGGACGGCCUGCUGUCCCCGGAGGAGGACUGCUCGCUGCUCCUCUCCCAGUUCUGCACGUACCUGGAGCACGACGACCUGCGCUACCACGCCAUGCGGGCGGCCACGGACGCCGUGGCCAGGGUCGCCGACGCCCACGCCGAGGUGCCCCUGGCUUUCUGGAACAACGUGUUCACACUGCUGUCCGCCGUGAGCCUGCCCCGCCAGGAGAGCGACGUGGCGAGCUUCUACGUGAAGCACGCAGAGCUGUCGGACAAGUGGAAGGUCACUCAUCUGAAGGAGCACAGGAAGGCCUUCCAGCUCAUGUGGCUCGGCUUCCUCAAGCACAAGCUGCCCCUCAGCCUCUACAAGAAGGUGCUGGUGAUCAUGCACGAGUCCAUCCUGCCGCACCUGGCCCAGCCCAGCCUCAUGAUCGACUUCCUCACCCGCGCCUAUGACGUCGGGGGCGCCAUCAGCCUUCUGGCCUUGAACGGGCUCUUCAUCCUGAUUCAUGAGCACAACCUGGAGUACCCCGACUUCUACCGCAAGCUCUACGGCCUCCUGCACCCGCCCGUCUUCCACGCCAAGCACCGGGCGCGCUUCUUCCACCUGGCCGACCUCUUCCUGUCGUCCUCCCACCUGCCCGCCUACCUGGUGGCUGCCUUCGCCAAGCGCCUGGCCCGCCUGGCCCUGACGGCGCCCCCCGAGGCCCUGCUCAUGGUGCUGCCCUUCAUCUGCAACCUGCUGCGGCGGCACCCGGCCUGCCGCGUCCUGGUGCACCGGCCUCGGGGCCCUGAGCUGGACGCCGACCCCUACGACCCCGAGGAGGAGGACCCCGCCCAGAGCCGCGCCCUGGAGAGCUCGCUGUGGGAGCUGCAGGCGCUGCAGCGGCACUACCACCCCGAGGUGUCCAAGGCCGCCGGCGUCAUCAACCAGGCGCUGUCCAUGCCCGAGGCCAGCAUCGCGCCCCUGCUGGAGCUCACCGCCUUCGAGAUCUUCGAGCGGGACCUGAAGAAGAAGUGGCCGGAGGCGGUGCCGCUGGAGUUCAUCCCCCCGCCGGGCCUGCUGGGCCGGCGUGACGACCUGUGCGCCCAGCACUUCUCCCUCCGCUGA